CAUGGUUACAACCCCACGAUCACUCUCCCAAUACAGCGAUUGCUUCUACGAAUCCUCUCUCAUAUCAAUCCUAAAUCUUCCAAUCCAUCAUCCAAGACUCCACCACCAUGUCCGUCUUCAAAGCCGGCAACACAGCCCUCAUAACCGGUGGCGCAUCCGGCAUCGGCCUCGCAGUCGCGCAACUAUGUUUCAAGCACUCGAUGCGUGUCGCAAUUGUCGAUCGCAACACCGACACCCUGUCGAGAGCGAAAAAGACGCUUUCGUCUAGUGAUGUAGAGACUUAUGAGGUGGACGUCUCAAAGAGCUCGGAAUGGAAGACGUUGAGGGAGAGCGUGCUGAAGAAGUUUGGCCCUGUGGACUUUCUUAUGCUGAACGCGGGGAUUGGGGCGAAGGGCACUUGGGGGGAUGAGGAUUAUUUCGCCAAGAUCAUGGGGACGAACCUCUUUGGUGUUAUCAAUGGUCUGAAUGCCUUCGUACCGGAGUUUCAGAAGAGAUCAGGUGACAAGCCUUCCUCCAUUGUCAUCACCGGAAGCAAACAAGGCAUCACGAAUCCGCCCGGAAACGCGGCAUAUAACGCGUCGAAGUCAGCGGUGAAGACUCUAGCAGAGCACCUCAGCUUUGACCUCAAGGACACGAAGACCUCCGUACAUCUGCUCGUGCCCGGCUGGACGUUCACCGGUUUGAGCGGAAAUGUCCCUGGAUCCACCACUACUAAGCCAGUAGGUGCCUGGGAACCGUCUCAAGUUGCGGACUACAUGUACAAGAAGAUUUUCGAUGGCAAGUUCUACAUCAUCUGCCCCGACAACGAUGUCACGGAGGAAACGGACAAGAAGCGCAUGCUCUGGACAGCCGGUGAUCUCGUUCAAGGUAGACCUCCGCUCACGAGAUGGCGGCCGGAGUUCAAGGAGGAGGCGGAAGAGUGGAUGAAGAAGCAGAGUGUGUAGAAUAAUUCCAGCUCCGAAAGCUUGACGCGGAGCCCCUGGCGCGAAGGUGAGAUGCUACAGCGGUAUGUAGAAUCUUAGGUCCAGUUCAGCGCAUGCGGAAAUGACAUUGUUCGUUCCAAAAUUCCCUAUGCUAUAGGAGAUCUCCUACAGGAUAUCAAGGUUGUCAAAGCGAAUGAAAGAGAACAUUGGAUCUUUGGUACCUCGUAAGUUAUCAUGUUCAUGUGCGUACGAAUCAAAUACUGCAAUUCUCUAUCGCAAUUCGGUGUGGGAAAUAGGGGUCAAUAGCGAUGUGGUUGAAAUCGGCUCUACUCACCGUCAAUCGUGCCCAACGGCACGUGACCUCAACCGACGU